AAAAGUUUGUCUAACACAUAAUUCAUUUUUGUUAGAAAUCAUAAUCUUCGUGUAUUUAAACUAGAAUGUUUUGAUUUUUUCUAAUAAGAUAACAAAAUGUCUGGAAAAGAACGAGGCGUGAUGAAACUGAUUUGGAAACAUUUUGUUGCUUCUCUGAAGCCAAAUUUUAAUCGUCCCAAAUUAAUAGGCACCGAUUAUUUUGGUACAAAGUAUUACGAAGUACAGGUUACAAGUACCUCUGUACGAAAAAAACCGUCUCGUUAUUUCACACCUGUAAAUGAAGAUGAUCACGAACAGGAAAUACCUGCAGAAUGGGAAUCAUGGCUAAGAUACCGUAGAACAGAACCGCCGACGAUAGAAGAAAUAGAAACCAAUUAUCAAAUAGCAAAGCUUAAAAAAGAAAAUGCUGCAAAGAUAGCGGCGAAAUUUGCGAAUUCUAAGUCAGAAACACCACAGUUGCUUAAUGCAAAAAAGGGACAACAGUCAUUUCCUACAUACGAAGAGUACAAAAAUGAUUGA